CUUUAAUUCAUGUCCAUAAAAUUACAUUCCCCAUCUGGAUAAGGAAGAACACACAAAAUCUUGGUGGCAGCCAAAUUGGCUAAUCUCCAAUUGGAAUUUGUUGACACCUAAUUGAACGAGAAGAAUUUCUAAGUAUUCUAAAACAAGUUUCCAUUUGGAAAAGUGCCAGUCUUGGAAACUCAAGAGGGCAAUCUUUUCGAAAGCAAUGCCAUCCUCAGAUACAUAGCAAGGCACUCAUAAGGAUUAUAUGGGUAUUGUAAUAUUAAUAAAUUUAGAAAAACAUUGUAUUAAUAGGGUUUAGUUGAUUAAUGGUUGGAUGUGACAACUAAUGAAUUGGAAACAGACGUUGUGGCAGCUGCUAUUUAAGUAUUGGGCCACAUCCCAGUGAUUCCUGACUAAAUCAAGACAUCUUUCGCUUAAAUUAAUUACACAUUGGCUGUCGUAAAUACUCAAUUGGGCAAAUCCAAAUACAUCAGUGGAGACUCUUUGACCGUCGCCGAUAUUGCCUUGGCUUAGGUUGUUACAUUCGCAUUCACCCUUUUGUUUGGAGAAACCGAGAGAAACAAGUAUCAGCAUUUAUUAAAAUGGUUGAAUGAAGUUACUUCACUUCCAGAAUGGAGAGCAGUAAUGACAUUUGUUAAUAUUAUCAAAGGAAUUCGGUAGACCAAGAUUCCCAAAGACUGCCUUUGUAGUGAAUGAAGUAGCACCUUAGGAGAAAGACAAAAAGGAAAAGAAAGAGAAAAAAUAAGAAUAACCAAAAUAGAAGGAACAAUAAGAACAACCUAAAUAGAAAGAGUAACCUAAGUAGAAGGAACAACCAAAAUAAGAGGAAGAGGAUGAUGCUCCUAAAAAGAAGGAAGCAAAUCCACUUGAUUUAUUACCACCUUCAACUUUCAACAUCGAUGAUUAUAAGAGAAUAUUCUUCGCAGAAAAAGAUAUUUAAAAAAACAUUGAAACUCUAUUUGCAACUAUUGAUUUGAAUGGAUGGUCAUUAUGGUUGGUCAGAUACAAUAAGUCAGAAAAUGAAGGAAAACAAUUGAUUCUCACCAACAACUUAAUGAAAGGAUUCAUCAACUAAAGAUUAGAUCAAAACUUCAGAAAGUAUGCCUUUGCCAUUCAUGGUGUCUAUGGUGAUGAACCCAACCUCUAAUUAAGAGGAGCAUGGCUUUGGAGAGGAACUGAAGUGCCAAAAGAAUGGGUACAUAAUAAAUAAUAUCUUUUAGAAAGAUCAUGUCGCUUAUGAUUAUCAUGAAUUCAUCAAAGUUGACGUUAAUAAUGCUGCUUAAAAAUAAUUAUUUGUUGACUAUUGGGUUAAAUAAGAGGAAGAUGUCUCUGAAGUUGAAGGAUUAAAAGCCAGAAGUUUAAUGUAUUUCAGAUGAGAUAUAUAUAAAAUAAAACAACAAUUCGGAC